AUCGAAACUUCCAUUAGCUGGUUUCUGAUUAUGAUACAGCAAAAUAUUAUCGAUAUCCACAUAGUAGAAAAAACUUAAUCGAAAACAAAUGCUUUAAAAAUAGAGAUUCAGAUUAAUAAAAAUAAAAAUAAUAAAGUUGUAGACGAUUGUCGUUGACGUUCGACAUAAAUACACAAAGGAGGACGCAAUAACCGCACGAGUCGUUAUAUUUUUUCCGUUAUGAAGCUUCGAUAGCGAUUUAAAACCCGAAAACAAAAAAAAAAAGAAACGGCGGAGUCAUUAUUGUUUACACCGUCGGAUAAGCUCAUUCGCCGCCGGCGACACUCGGUAGAUCUAUAGUGAUAAGCGUUCGAGCUCGAUCUUACGCCGCAUUUGAUUGAAGAGAUGGAUGAUAGGGGAGGGUCGUUCGUGGCGGUGAGGAGGAUAUCACCACGACUAGAACAGGGAAGCGUUUACCAUUCUUCAUCAUCUGCUGAGGUUGUGGCUGGAUCGGCAGCUUGGUUAGGCCGUGGCCUUUCCUGUGUUUGUGCUCAGGGAAGCCAUGGCGACUCCCGUCCUUCUUUUGAUCUAACUCCUGCUCAGGAGGAUUGCCUGCAGCAGUUGCAGAGCCGCAUCGAUGUAGCUUAUGACAGCUCCAUACCUCAGCAUCAGGAAGCUCUGAAGGGUCUUUGGAAACUUGCCUUUCCUGAAGAAGAGCUACACGGAAUUGUAUCUGAGCAGUGGAAGGAAAUGGGUUGGCAGGGAAAAGAUCCAUCAACUGAUUUUAGGGGUGGUGGUUUCAUAUCUCUUGAAAACUUGUUAUACUUCGCUAAGAAUUUCCCGAAAUCCUUCCAGGAACUUCUGCGGAAGCAGGUUGGGGAUCGUUCUGUGUGGGAAUACCCGUUUGCUAUUGCUGGAAUCAAUAUUACGUUCAUGCUUAUCCAGAUGCUUGGCCUUGAAGCAGUGAAACCACCAAGUAUUGUUGGCGAAACAUUCUUGAGAUUCCUUUCUGUGAAUGAAUCUGCGUUUGACCUUCUCUAUUGUAUUGCAUUCAAGCUAAUGGAUCAGCAAUGGCUCUCCAUGCGUGCUUCAUACAUGGAAUUCAACACGGUAAUGAAAUCGACAAGACGGCAAUUGGAGAGAGAGAUAAUGGGUGAAGACAUUACAGGCAUUGAAGAUAUGCCAUCAUACAGCCUUCUCAGUCAAUAAAUAGCAAACGGCUUACCAAAGACCACUUUGUAAGUAGAAAGAUCUAACAGCUCAAGAAACUUUACAUCAAGAAGCCUAAAACAACAACAGAGCAAACAAGCAAAGAAGAAGAAGAAUAAAAGGUCUCUCUAUCCACUUAUCCUUGUCAGUGAUGACUCCAUGAAAGUUGGGACAUUGCGUUUGUUAUUUCUUUGGAACAGAAGUUCAGGUUUUGUUUCAUGUGCGAUUAGUUUCUAACUUGUGGUUUACUUCUUUGAACUGGUCAGUAGGGAAUAAUGAUUUACUUCUUAUAUCAUAUAACAUCAUUUCAUGUGUAUAUAUUUUUUGUAUUAUUGCAAUCACACUCAAAUGCUUCAUAUACAUACGCAUUCCGUG